AUGAAUCUCGCAAGCAUCCAGGGACAAAUUCAGGAACCCUUCAUGGUAGCAAGCAAUAGAAUGGCUUCCAACACCGACAGCAUAUCAGAAUUUGCUGAGCUAGACCCUUUAUUCGAGGGUCUGGAGGCUUUUACCGCCGAUCAUUUACUUGACUUUCUUUCUCGAGACGGUCCAGCUGAUGAUACACCUUUGAACCCGGGCAACGCACCUCCAACCUUGAGCUUGCCGACGGUCGUUGAAGAAAACAAUCCAGACAAUUUCUAUAAAUUCAAUGGUGGUAGCAAAUAUCCGAGCAACAGGAGCCUGAGGUAA